ACACUCUCAUCCCAUCCUCUCCAACAACAACUACAACGUCUCCCAUUUCCUCUCUCAGCAGUCAACCCCUUUCUCUCUCUCUCUCUAAAAAUUCAAACUUUCCAACUCACAAUGGACGGAAUCAGUUCCUCCUCCACCGACGACAACAGCACCACCAGCACCGACUCCACCUCCCCACUCCCACCGCCGCCUGCCCUCCUCCCUUUUCCCACCGCCAAGUCCCCACCGCCGGAAUCCCUCUGCCGCGUCGGCAGCGGCGCCAGCAGCGUCAUCCUCGACCCUGAAUCCGGCGGGAUCGAAGCAGAGUCCCACAAGCUGCCGUCCUCCAAGUACAAGGGAGUCGUCCCCCAGCCCAACGGCCGGUGGGGGGCCCAGAUUUACGAGAAGCACCAGCGCGUCUGGCUCGGCACCUUCAACGGCGAGGACGACGCCGCACGGGCCUACGACAUAGCCGCCCUCCGCUUCCGCGGCCGCGACGCCGUCACCAAUUUCAAGCCGGAUUUUAAAUUAAACAACCCAGCCGCCGCCGGCGACGAAUUGGACGGCGACGUCGAGCUGGAGGCCAACUUCCUCAACUCCCAUUCCAAGGCCGAGAUCGUCGACAUGCUGCGGAAGCACACCUACGACGACGAGCUGGAGCAGAGCCGCCGGAAAGGGCAGGGGAUGAAACAGAGCAUCCGGUUCAAUUCGAAUGCCGGGUCGGACCGGUUCGUCCGGUCGGCCCGAGAGCAGCUCUUCGAAAAGGCGGUUACCCCGAGCGAUGUCGGGAAAUUGAACCGGCUCGUGAUCCCUAAGCAGCACGCCGAGAAGCAUUUCCCGCUGCAGAGCGCCGGCAGCACGAAAGGGGUGCUGCUGAAUUUCGAGGACGCGGCGGGGAAGGUGUGGCGGUUCCGGUACUCGUACUGGAACAGCAGCCAGAGCUACGUGCUGACGAAAGGGUGGAGCCGGUUUGUCAAAGAGAAGGGGUUGAAAGCCGGCGACAUUGUCAGCUUCCAGAGAUCCGCCGCCGGGCAGGAGCAGCAGCAGUUGUACAUCGACUGGAAGCCCAGGGGAGGGGUUGGGCCGAACCAGGCGGUUUGCUCGAUGGUCCAGCCGGUUCAGAUGGUCCGGUUGUUCGGGGUAAACAUAUUUAAACUUCCCGGGAGCGGCGGCGACGGUGGGUGUAAUGGGAAGAGGUCGGUGAGGGAGUUGGAGAUGGUGGCGUUUGAAUGCAGUAAAAAACAGAGGAUUAUUGGAGCUUUGUAGCAUCUCAUCACAAACACAAAGUUCCAAUCUUUUUCACUUUUUCUUUUUUGUAAUUUCCCUUUUUCUUUCUCAUCCUUGUGGGUAAUUUUUGUUCUUGUAAUUUCCCUUUCUCUUUUCUCCCAUCUUUUUUUUUUUAAUUGUAGAUUUUAGAAUCUGUUGGUGAUGUGGAGAUAGGAGAAAAAGGAAGGGAAGAGGAAGGUGGAUAACAAGUUGCACAAAAGGAAAAAGACCAUCACAAUUUGUAUAUCACAAGACAAAGAAGCUCAAGAUAGCUGAAAAGUUAGGGUCUUUUUAACUCUUAAUUGAAAAAUAAUAGUUGAAUAUUUAACAAUCAUUUUCCUCCUAUAUCAUUUUGUACUGUCGUGCAUUUGUCUAAUCCAAUUCUUAUCUCAAGAUUACUGAGUAAAUGAGUUAAUUAACA